AUGCGUCAAACAGCUGCUAAAUUGGCGAAGAGCUAUACUCCAAUGAUUAAGUUUGUGGGGACCAAACAUCCUAUCCCACCCCAUGCGAGUGAGAUAAAAGCACAUCCCUGUACUGUUGCUGGGAUGCUUCCUGGCUCGCCGGAAUGUAUUCCUGCCGGCGAGUUCCUGAGUAAGCUGAAACCGUUUAAGGUUGUUCCCUUUAAAGGCCAGGGCGCAAGAAAUAAGGUUGGGGAAAAUUCUAAUAAGGCUUAUAAGUUUACAGACAGACCCCUUAAGGAGGACGAGGUAGCAUCUAUCUUCGAGCUGCCCUCAAAAUUCCACUUCAGACCAAUAGAUUCAGCCGAAAUGGACGCCAUCAAUGCAGGUGGUGCGCUGUAA